AUGCCUCGAUCACACGACGGACGCCAACGAAGAACUAUUGUCCCCGGUUCUUAUCAACGACGCGACAGCGACAGCGAAAGCGAAUACAACAGCGAUGAUGAUGACAUGUCUUCUGUAGGCAUGGGUUCGGUGGAAUCUGCCGCGGAUUCCAUCGACCAAGCCAUUACACAUUUGAAUAGCAUUCACCAACAACUCAUUGAAGUCGAAAAACUUCGAGAAGAAAAGAGUCCACUCGAGUCGGAUGUGCAGGGUCUUCGACUAGAGAAACAAUCAUUAGAAGCCGAUUCCUCCGACUCCGAGGGUAUGCUGUUUGACGGCUGGUUGUCGCACAGACUCAAGGCAGCCCGGAAAAGUCCAUGGAUCUCAAAGACAACACCACACAAAAAGAACAACUCCAAAAAGUGGAAACGAAACGCACGCAGCUAA